UAAAAUCACUCGGAGUCUCCUCGGGUUUAUGUUUUUUAAAGAUCCUACAGCCUCCUCUCCUCCGACUGAACAGCUAAAAUGGCUUUAAACGGUAAAACCGCAGUAGUGACUGGAGCAGCAAUGGGAAUAGGAAGAGCAAUAACGGAGAUACUCCUGCAGAACGGCGGCAAGGUAGCCCUCCUGGAUGUGAAUGAAACUGCAGGAAAGAGUUUAAUGGAAGUCCUUGAGAAACAGUACGGACGGGAAAGAACUUUGUUCCUGAAUUGUGAUGUUGAGUCAGAGGAGCAGAUCAAAGCUGCCUUGAAGAAAACCACAGAAAGAUUUGGAGGAAUAGACAUCCUGUGCAACAAUGCCGGCAUCAUGAAUGAGGGCAUGUGGGAGAAAACCAUCUCUAUAAACUUUGUGAGUGUCAUCAGGGUAUCUUACCUGGCUCUGGAGCACAUGAGCAAGCUGAAGGGAGGUCGGGGAGGCGUCAUCGUCAACACAUCAUCCCUAUCGGGUCUCAGUCCAAUGCCAAGCUGUCCUGUCUACUCAGCCACGAAGCACGGAGUGGUCGGUUUUACUCGGGCCAUGGCGGCUGCCUCUACCGCCUCGGGCUACGGUGUACGUUUCAACACAGUUUGCCCAAGUUUUGUCCAAACUGACCUCUUGUCUGCCAUUCCAGCCAGACUGGGGAAAUACUCCCACAUGGCCGAAGCAGCCGAACAAUUAUUAAAAAGUUUUGGGGUGUUAAAUGUAUCUGAGGUAGGGGAGGCCGUCCUCGAGCUGGUGACAGAUGAGACGAAGAACGGAGAGGCCCUAAUCGUGGUCCCAAAAGGAAAAAAAUAUGUGACUUUUCCCUCAUUUAUGUAAUGGCUUUGUGCUUUGUUGACAGCAGAACAGGAAUUUCAGUUAAAAUGUCCACAGGGGCAACUAGAAUCAACAAAAACUUAAAAAGUUCCUUGUUGCUGCUUUAAGCAACUUAAAGCAGUACAAAUCACAAAGUGUUGUCACCUAAAUGUACUUAUAAUAUCAAAAAUAAAAGUACUCAUUGUGCUGUAAAA